AUGGGAUCUUUCGGUCAAAAGGUGAAGGAGAACAAGAUAGGGGCAGUGAUAUUGUCAGUGUUUGACUGGUACCCCUCCCACUAUCCUGCAGAAGAGCGGAAGCUUUUGCGAAAACUCGAUCUCGCGAUUCUAUUCCUUGGGCAGCAAAAUGUCACCAACGCAUAUGUAUCAGGCAUGCGUGAGGAUCUUGAUUCUCACGGCAACGAGUUGAACUACUAUGUCGUCGCUUACAACACCGCAUACGUCAUUGGCCAAAUCCCGCUCAUGACUCUGCAAACGAAGGCAAAGAUUGCACCUUUCUUGUUACCUUCCCUGCAGAUCAUCUGGGCAGUGAUCGCUUUCUCUCAGUCCACAAUCAAGCAUAGCUGGCAUCUGUACAUCCUCCGCGCUAUCACAGGGUUCCUCGAAGCUUCAUCGUUCGGCGGCACUCAUCUCAUUCUGGGCAGUUGGUUCAAGAAUGAAGAACUCUUCAAGCGAGCUGGAGUAUGGUUCAUGGGUAACUCUCUAGGCUCCAUGUUCUCCGGCUAUUUGCAGGCCGCGGCGUAUCGAAACCUCAACGGCGUUUUUGGACGCGCAGGGUGGCGAUGGCUCUUCAUCGUCCAGGGUAUCAUCACUCUACCCAUCUCCUUCCUGGGUUUCGCGUUUUGGCCUGGCCUUCCAACUUCACCCAAGAGGUGGUACUUCUCUGCGGAGGAGCACGCCCUCGCCGUCAAGCGGAUGCCAACAGUCGAACAGGAGGGCAUUACCUGGAAGACGUUCAAGUAUACGCUCUCCAGACCAAUGUGGUGGAUCUGCGUCCCUUGCUACAUCUUCUUGUGCCAAGCGCACUACUGGACAGGCUACAUGGCUUUGUGGCUAAAGGCUGCUGGAUACUCUGUUGAAUUGGUGAAUAUUUUGCCGACUUUCAUCGACCUUCUGCGGGCAUUGUCUUCCUGGCUGGGAACUACGUUAGCGGGUUGUUUGAGUUUGAGGGGCCUUUGGUCUUUCCAAGCGUCAUUUGUGCUCUUCUCUUGCAUAGUCCUGUCGAUAUGGAACGUCCCCGACAUCCUCAAAUUCCUCGCAUUCUAUUUCGGAGGUUUCUCUGGAAUGGCAUCCCCGAUCUUGUAUUCCUGGCUGAACUCUACACUCAAAGAGAAUUACGGUGAAAGAGGUCUCAUCAUCUCUUCGAUGAUGACCCUCGGAUUCUGUGGACAGAUUUGGAUCCCUCUCUUCACCUUCCCAACCGUCGAAGCCCCGCGCUAUCCCCACGGGUAUCCCGCAGCUACAGUAUUCGAAGUCGCAAUGUGGGCUUUUCUUAUGUUUGGCACAUGGUACAUGAAAAGAUGGAAGCACAAGCAUCCUGACUUGGAGAUGAGGCUUGCGACCGAAGGAGCUGCCGCAGAAGGCUCCUCAGUCAUUGGAUCCGAUUCCGAUAGGCCUGACGGAGAUAGCCCGGCUCACCAGUAUACAGGCAAAGGGGAAGAAAUUGUGGCCACUCAGCCUGUGAGCCAGAAAGCCUGA